AUGUCUCAAGAGUCCUCAGUUUCAUAUGCUGCAUUGAUCUUAGCUGACGGUGACCAGGAAAUUACCUCAGACAAAUUAUUAGCUAUCACCAAGGCUGCUGGUGUUCAAAUUGAUUCAAUCUGGGCCGAUGUUUACGCUAAAGCUUUAGAAGGUAAGAACUUGAAAGAGUUGUUAUUUUCAUUUGCCGCUUCUGCGCCAGCUGGUGCUGCUGGUGCUGCUGGUGGUGCUGCUGGUGGCGAUGCUGCCGCCGGUGGUGAUGCUGCCGCUGCUGCUGAAGAAAAGGAAGAAGAAGAAAAGGAAGAGUCCGAUGACGAUAUGGGUUUCGGAUUAUUCGAUUAG